AUGAAAUCUAUACCACCCCAUUCCGCUCCGCUCCAUCCGAUUUUAACUUUUUCAAACAAUGGAAUGACACUUAUUCCAUCUCAUACCACUCCAUUCCAUCCUAUUCCAUCAAUCCAAACAUACCUUGGAGAUUUUUAUAAUUUGACAGAUAUCUUUCAAUUUUUUCUUUUAAUAUUUAUACCUGUGCCAGAGGUUUGUUUGUAUAAAGAUUUUACAUUCAGGGUACUUGUUGGCACAGGGGGAAAGAGAUAUUAUAAUUCCAUAAACACUCUAGAUUGUUAUACUGGCUAUAUUGCUAUAUUCUUUACUACUACCAAUAAACUUACUUUUAUCUUUGCUGAUCCUGUGUCUCUGGUGACAUAG